ACAAAACUGAGGUGUAUUGGAAAACGUGCUUUAUUCUCGAUUCAAGUGUCGCCGUAGCGUUCUAUUAUACAAAAGUUUUGUGCCCAUGUCUCCAGGGACCCGAAGUGUCAAGGACUGGGAGGUGCGCGCUUCCACUUUAGCCCGCAAAACCAGCAAUCCGAUCCGACGUAUAGUUGAGAACCUUAACGUAGAACCUAAUCCUGACAAGGAGUUUAUUGCGUUGUCCAUCGGUGAUCCUACAACUUUUGGAAACCUAAAUCCUCCAGAACAAGUGAUACAAGCUGUACGGGAAGCUGUUGAGUUACACACGAGUCGGGGCUAUGGACCAUCUAAAGGCCAUUUAGAGGCUAGAGAAGCAGUGGCAAAAUAUAGUGCGCAUCAAGGAGAAAUUACACCAGAGGAUGUCAUUCUUUCUAGUGGUUGUUCCCAUGCGAUAGAAUUAGUGAUAACUGCAAUAGCUGAUGCCGGACAAAAUAUUCUUGUUCCUAGACCAGGAUUUAUGAUAUAUAAAACUCUAGCUGAAGGCCUGGGGAUAACAAUAAAAUAUUAUAAUUUACUACCUCACGAACAAUGGAAAGUAGACUUAGUAGAUUUAGAAAGCCAAAUCGAUGAUGACACUGCAGCUAUCGUCGUUAUUAAUCCAUCCAAUCCUUGUGGUUCUGUGUACGAUAAGACACAUUUGACAGAAAUACUAGAAGUGGCCGCAAGAAACUAUGUUCCUAUAAUAGCGGAUGAGAUAUACGAACACUUCGUAUUCUCCGGUCAAACUUUCACUGCGAUAUCGUCCAUAUCCAAAGAUGUUCCGGUACUUACGUGCGGUGGACUCACAAAGAGAUUUUUAGUUCCGGGUUGGCGGAUGGGAUGGGUGAUAAUACACGAUCGAAACAAUGUAUUAGGCAAAGAACUGCGAGAAGGCUUAGCCCGGCUAUCGACGAGGAUUUUAGGGCCCAGCACCCUCAUACAGAGAGCUCUUCCGUCUAUACUCGAAUACACACCUCAAAGUUUCUUUGAUGAAGUAAUUUUGUUUAUCGAGAACCAAGCAAAGAUGGCGUAUAAGGAAUUACUACAAGCUCCUGGCCUCAAUCCGAUUAUGCCUCAAGGAGCAAUGUACAUGAUGAUUGGAAUUAAAAUGACAAGUUUUCCAGGAAUUGCCAAUGAAUGUCAGUUCUUGGAGCGCUUAGUCGCUGAACAGUCUGUUUUCAGUCUGCCAGGAGAGUGUUUUGAGUAUCCAAACUAUAUGAGGAUUGUUUUAACGGUUCCAAAAGAAAAAUUACUGGAAGCUUGUCAAAGGAUUGUAAUCUUCUGCAAAACUCAUGCUGUAACAAAAGAAAGACGAAAGUUCGUAGAUAUUACUGAAGUCGUUUCUGGAGAUGUAGAAGUUAUGUGCGAAUUUUAGAAUACUUCGCAGAUUUUUUUUAAUAAUUAGUAAAUAAUCUUAAAAAACA